AUGGGAAGGCCUCAUGUCAUGUUCAUAACUUACCCAGAACAAGGUCAUGUUCGUCCUCUACUGAUCUUCUCGCGUAACCUUGCGUCUCAAGGAAUCACAUUCGUUAACACCGAGUUUAACCACAACCGCAUCAUCAGUUCCUUAUCAAAACCAUCCCACGAUGAUCAUGUGGUGGAUGGGAUCAAGCUUGUUUCAAUCCCCGACGGUUUAGAGGAUUCACCAGAAGAGAAGAACGUUCCUGGGAAGUUGUCGGAAUCAGUUUUGCGUUUUAUGCCGACCAAAGUAGAGGAACUGAUCGAGAGGAUGAUCUCGGAAACUAGCGGUGCGGUCAUUAGCUGCGUUGUGGCGGAUCAGAGCCUAGGAUGGGCAAUGGAAGUUGCAGCUAAGUUUGGUAUCAGACGAGCGGCGUUUUGUCCCGCUGCGGCUGCGUCUAUGGUUCUUGGAUUUAGACCGGUAGCGUACGGUGCGUCGGAGGAGAUUGGACCAUUCAGGAUAAGCAAAGGUGGGUCCGGUUUGUAUCUCAACAAAUUCGCGUGGAAUUCACUUGCCAAUCUCUUGUUACUCGAAGCACCCGCACCGAGGAUGCAACAUGUUUCCAUGGCUUUAGUGUACUUGCAAACUCCCACGUGGAGAUACAGUUUCUUACUGUUUUGUCGAUGCUUUUAA